UCUGUCUCUACGUAUAUUUUCGCUUUAUUCUUUUCGCAUUCGAAUGAUAUCAGCUGGCAAAAUGCAGUAUAAUCGACACCGUGUCCGCAUGAAAGGUUUUUACCGGUGAUUUAUUUCCUCCAGCACUAUUGAUAAACGACUUCUUGAAACGGGGAUAAAAAAGGGACACUUUGGACUUGUAUUUAUUAUACUGCAACAAAAAAUAAAUAACAUUGCGAAAGGAUAUAUAACACCGGUCCGUGAGAUUAUUCGUCGUCCAGAUGAACAUCUUCUGACUGCCAUACCAGCUCACCUUGAAAGGAAGAUGAUGUGGAGUGAUAUUUAAACCUCAUGCCUCCGCAAAGCCAUUCAUGAGGCAAGCCUUGCUCCAAACCAACAGACCAGCAUGGAGAGAGGGCUCCGAACACGACAAGAAGCAGGAGCGGAAGAUGAGAAAGACCCUUCGGCUCAAGGUAAGAUCCCAGGGAGUGCAGACCCGGGACAUGAUUGUUGCAAACGCAAUGGCUUGAUCAAUACCCACAACUUAAUGGUGGAGAGUAAGGAGGGACUAGUGUCAGUCUAUUCAGCGCCGCAGUAUCAGGGCCACGUGGUGUCCAAGGACAAAAAUGGGACACCGGAUAGUAGAGGACCCCCGCAGCUGCUGAACCCCAGCACUCUGCCGCAGGCUAUAGACCCUUACUACAGGCCCAACCUCAUCCUCUACCCCGAGAGUGUCCUGAGAGCAUGGGGCGAGGGGGGCGACUGCUGCGAGACCACUUUCAUUGAAGAAAUGACCCCAGCCUGUUCUGGCUCAGCCAUCACUAAAGACGGAGUUCUGUUCGCUGACAGCAAGCUUCUGGAUCUCUCUAUGGAGGACGCCAAGAUCCAGACGCUCUCCUAUGAUAUCGAUGAUGACGACGAUGAAUUUCAGGAACUGGAGAGCGAGUGUUCAAGUGACUCAGAGAGUGAAGACAAUUUCCUCCUGAUGCCCCCGAGGGACCACCUGGGUCUCAGUGUUUUCUCCAUGCUCUGCUGUUUCUGGCCGCUGGGAAUCGCAGCUUUCUACCUGUCUCACGAGACCAACAAAGCGGUGACUAAAGGGGACUUUCACCAUGCCAGCUCCAGCUCCAGACGCGCGCUCUUCCUCGCCGUCCUGUCCAUCACCAUCGGGACGGGCAUCUACGUGGGUGUGGCGGUGGCCCUUAUCGCAUACCUCUCCAAAAACAAUCACUUGUAGCCUUCCCGUCCCCAAGCCACUCUUUCCUUGCAGCGCUCCAGUUCAUCAGCUUUUUUGGGAAAACAAAGGUCAAAGGUCAUGACUAUGGGGCUCACCAGCAAUGUGUUCCACCUCUGCACUUUCAAUGGGAAGGCCGUUUGUGUAAAUGUCCUGAUCACCUUUCUGCAUUUUUCAUGUGAACGUGCCGCCUCUACUAUUGUUUUUGUUUGUUUGUUUGUUUGUUUGUUUUGUGCUGCAAAUCUAAUAGAUUGAUUUCACGCGGCCGCCAUUAAAAAAAAGCAAAGGCAGCGGUGGGAUGAAUACCGGAAGUAUCGCCGGAGUCACACAGGAAUGUUGUGCACCGGGCUGUAUAUCUUAUCAGCGACGAGAAAUCAACACACAUUUAUCAUUUCACCACCUUUUGAGUGACCCGAAGGUCUGUUCUGAAUGGAAAGUGAAAAUAAAAAGGGAUGUCAGACCUCAUUUUCAGCUAAGUUAAGGGAAAUGGCACUAGUUAGCAAAUGUUUUCUUUCCCAAACACACGUUUUAGAUGCCAUUUAUCAAACUCAAGUUAAUGAACUGAAUCUUUUACUAUAUUAGACUUGUCACAAUACGGAAUUUCGUUAAUGAAUUUGAUAAAAACCGUCACGCUCCCACUAACAUUUAAGCACUGUUGAACGCAACACCGCUGAUUUGCCAUCGGGUUCACCGGUGCUCAACAGAAAUGACUGUGAUUGGCCGUGAAGGUCAUCAGUUCACUGCACUUCACCACUGUUUACCGAGUGCAAACACAGACGAGCGAUCCACUGAUGAAUUGACUCAUCUAUGUCUUUAGAACGCUUCAGUGUUCAUGCAUACAGAUGUCACUACUUCAGUUUGUUCCCUUUGGCGCCGUUCAUACCGCGGCGGCGACGGUGGUUGAUGCAUCAGCAGCUUUUGACCACUGGGUGGCGCUUUAACCACAGAUUUUCAGCUUUGCCUUUUCACAAUACUAAAUAGACGGUUCUGUAUGUGUACCUUAUGUUAUGUGUUGAAUUAAAAUAUAAUUUUGUUUUAGUUUUCUUAGUAAUAAACAUGCUUUUACACUACACUGUAGGCUAUGUUUUAGAAAAGAUACAUGGUGAGAAGCCCUAGGCUGCAAAAAGCAAAUAUAAGAAUUAAAUUCUUUAGCCUUGUCGGCGCCAAUAGCCUAGUGGUUAGUGCGUUGACAUAUAGCACCCAGGUGCUUGCGGCGACCCAAGUUCGAUUCCCAGCUCAAGGUCCUUUGCCGAUCCUUCCCCUCUCUCUGCUCCCCACACUUUCCUGUCUUUAAAUCUCCACUGUCCUAUCAAUAAAGGUAAAAACCCCUAUAAAAAAUAAUUAUAAAUUCUUUAGCCUUUAUUAUUAUUUAUAUAAACGUUUCGAUUUUUUUGACCAUCAUGGCAAUAUUAUUACCUCAAAUCUUAAACGUACGCAUAUGAAAAACAGCACACACUACAAAAUAAUAUUAAGAUUUUCAUGCCGGUGGAGCACAUCAUCUGAUUGUGAACUUGUGAUGACCUGACCUUACUUUAUCAGUAGGCUAUUUAUUAUUUAUUACAGGCUAUGUUACAAAUAUUUGACCAACUGCCAUUUCAUACAAAACACUCUCUCAUGCACUCAGAACUAGUGGCUAGUUAUGAAUUAAAUAAAUGGGCAUAUCCGCACGCAAAGUGAGCCGCAUAUUAUUUAUCCUCUUUUCAUUCAAGUUUACAAUGAUAAUAAAGCGUGUUAACGCCUAACGUUAAUGGUUUAUGAUUAAUGAAGGAAUUAUAAUGCUUAGUUUUAUCGUUCCAUCUUCAUUUAUAAGUACAGUGUAUUAACAGCUGCUGUAUAGGCUAUUUCUGUCCGUUCGCAUCCCGUCCCUUUAUGCCCCCUGGCAGCAUAUUCACAAACUGCGGUCAUACAUUAAAAACAAUUGCCCAUUUAAAGCGGCGGCGGUAUAAGCCACGGCGGUAAUGGCCACAUUGAACUCUCACCUACUGUAUGUGUUUGCACUCAGUGAAGAGCCGUGAACUGAUGACCUUCAUGGCCAAUCACAGUCUUAUCUGUUGAGCACUGGUGAAUACUAUGGCAAAUCAGCAGAGUUUAAGAACGCGCUCAGUGGCACUUAAAUGUUAUCGGGAAAUUGACGUUUUUAAAACUUCAGUUCCCGGACAACACUAUUACAGACAACACGAGGGUGUGCUACAGAGGACUGCAUUGUUUUAUCACUCACCGGGUUACAUAGGCUGAAGCAAGCACUGUAAAGGGAAGGGAAGCCCCCACUGUGUUUACCUGGUGCCAAGAACUGAAGCCAAGGAGGACACUCUUAAAGAGAUUAUGAUGCUGUUUGAAUAAAUAUUCAUAAAUAUUGCCUAAUAUGCUUUUAAUUGUUUAAAUUAAACGUAACUGAAUGAGAUUAAAGUGUUUACACCACAUCUGCAUUUUGAAAUCGCGGCAACAGCUGGAGAUUUGUAGUCUACAGUAUGUUGUUGCAAUGUUUACAGUGCUGAUCCUAUACUUCUGGGUUUCUUCCCACCGCAGCCUCGCUUUCGUGUUUUAAAAUGGCGGCCGCGUGAAAUAAGCGUAUACUGCACACAUAUAAUUCUGGCCAAGUUAAAGUCAAUAUGAAAUCAAAGUGGACCUGAUUUGCUUUCCUAAAGGGGCUAUAUGUAAGAAUUUUCAUGUAUUCAUUGUUUUUAUUUUAUUGCCAAUUUGUGAGCAGCUUGUUAUCAAACCGAAUUAUGAAAGCCAGUAGGAUGCUUUGUACGUGUUUUUUGGCAGGAAAAUUAAAAGGGUGUUGAAACAUGAGCACAUGAAACGAAUGCUAACAGAGUGAUACAGUAUACAGUAGAAAGUAAGGAUGCACUGAAAUGAAAAUUCUGGGCCAAAACCAAACAUUCUGGAUGCUCCUGGGUGAAAAAUCAGUGCUUUAAAUGAUUUAAUAAUGUAUUAAUUAUUACAAAGUGAAUUUUAAGACAUUUUUCAAAUUUUAUGCUGACUAAGGAAAACACAAGCUGAUAAAAUAACUGCAUUUUAUUGCCAGUAAACGAGUUGAAGCACUCAUUUUAACAGCUUUGGCAUGACAGCAGCAGAGAAGAAUACAUAGACAUCUCCUGUCAGUGCAUUAUAUGAGUGGACUUUGCUUUUUCGGUGAACAUGUGCGGUUCAUGCAAAGAUAAGUAUACAUGUACUUGAGCAGAAUAUCCACAGAGCUAAAUAUUGAGCUAUUUUAAACUUUGACUGGAUCACGCAAUCUAGUCAACCUGGUGCUCUGCUGCUGUUUCACUUAGGGAUGGCUGACACAGUGUCGAGAUUUUUCAAAACACUGCACUGAAGAAUGAUCCGAAACACCCAGGUCACGUGACUAAAGUGUUUUAAAACACCAGGUCAUGUGACUGAAGCGAUUCAAAGCAUCUGACAUUUCAGAAGCGUUUCGAGACCUGGCGAAUCUGCGUUUGACUGACAGGGUGGGAAACCUCUAUGUCAUGUAACUUAGUGAACCGUGCGUGUGCACAGAGUAACUGUGCUGCAAAUGGCCCAAGUUUGAAUUCCAACUUGUACAAAUACUCUAUAAAUUAUGUAUUAUCUAAUAAAUUGUGACUUGAUGUAUUUUAAUAGUAAAUUUUUUAUGACCAAAACAAGACAUAUUUAUUCACAAAGUUUUCAAACGGAUUUCAGACGAAUGUUAAAACAGAACACGUUACAAGAACAGAGCAUUUAAAAACAUGCUAUAGCUGCAUCAUCCUGGAUUAGAACCCAUUAUUUACAUUUACAUUAUCUCUGCAUGCUAGUCAGGAACUCUCACUACUCCACUAAAUCACUUCGCUCAACUCUACAACGUGGGGUUUAAUACCUCAAUUUGCUGAACUGCAUGUUUGCUGAAGCUGUUCCAGAGCAAUACAUAAAAAUGGCCUCUAGGUGUCACUGUAGAGAUGGGCUUCGAAACGUUUCGAAGCUUUGACACAUUUGCUUAAACUGUUUCAGUGUUUCAUGAAGCCUCGCUUCGCCCACCACUAGUUUCACUUUGGUCUGUGCAGUAACAAAUCAUCCUUGCAUAAUUGAAACAAUUGGGUUUCAUAACGCAGUGAUUUCUGCAUCCAUUGUGAAAGCCAUUUCACACUGCCCAGUGAUUACGGCUGGAGGGAGAGUGAAACCAGUGUGCUGAACACUGCUAGGCAGUGUGAUGCAGCAUAGCCUUGUUUUUUCCAGCUCAGGUUUUCUGUCUUUUUCUCUCUCUUGGUCAAAAACGGAAAAUGGCCCACAAUUUUUGCUGACUAAAAAUCAGCGCAUCCCUAAUAGAAAGAGUUAUCCUGUGAACUGUACGUCAGUGUGUCAUGCACAGAAAAAGGGUUUAUUAAAGCUACAGUCUUACAUAAUCAGAUCUAUAUAUUAUAUAGUUUCAAAUAUACAGUUGAAGCCAGAAUUAUUAGCUCUCCUGAAUUAUUAGCUCUACUGAAUUAUUAGCUCUACUGAAUUAUUAGCUCUCCUGAAUUAUUAGCUCUCCUAAAUUAUUUGCUCUCCUGAAUUAUUAGUCCUCCUGUAUCAUUUCUUAACUGAAAGAAGAUUUUUUUUCAACACAUUUCUAAACAUAAUAGUUUUAAUAGCUAAUUUCUAAUAACUGAUUUCUUUUAUCUUUGCCAUGAUCACAGUACAUACAUACUUUUUACUAGAUAUGUUUCUUUAUACUAGUAUGCCGCCUAAAGUGAAAUUUAAAGGUUUAACUAGGUUAAUUAGGUUAACUAGGCAAGUUAGGGUAAUUAGGCAAGUCUUAACAAAAGUUUGUUCUGUUGCCAAUCAAAAAAUAUAUAACUUAAGGGGGCUAACAAUAUUGACCUUAAAAUAGUUAAAAUAUCUUAAAAAUAGCUUUAAAUUUCAUUUGGGAAAUAUUUGAAAAAGAAAAGAAAAUCACAGAAGGGCUAAUCAUUUUGACUUUUCACUUGUAACUUUUAAUAAUAACUACCGCAAGAGUGUAAUUUGAAAUACUUAAUAAAUCAACAUGAUGAUGGUGUGUUGUGGAGCUUGUUCAAAUGUUUCACAUUGCUACGAUCAGAUGCUUUCUUUACUGUGCUUUUCUCACCACUGUCAAAUCUGUUGUGUUAAUUUUGUUAUUGAAAUGAAAGAGCACUACACAUUUAUAUAUUCAUCAUCUGGGUGCUUGUUAACAGCACACAGUAUUUGCCGCAAAAGUAUUUUCAACCUGUGACGACAAAAUGAGUGCUAUCUCACGGCAAUUCGUAACUUUUUUUAUUUAGUGGCUAAUUCGUAUGAAUUCGUACAAUCUCAUUUGUACAAUUUAGUCUGAUUUGCUCAUCACCCAACAGUUGGGUUUAGGUGUGGGGUUGGGUGCCACGCCUCCUUUUAAAAAUCAUACAACUCAUAUGAAUUUGCAUGAAUUAGCCACUAAACUGACAAAUCGUAAAAUGGUUACGUUUUCUGGUGAGAUCAGGCUGAAUUCAAGUCACUCUCUUGUUUAUUGCGUUUGUUGCACAUAUUGCGAUAAGUUCCAGUGAUGUCCACUGGUGUCGCUAAUAACAAGGUUUUCUGAAUUCAACAUAUAGCCCCUUUAAUGUACGUUCCUGCUCAUAUUUUGCCCUUUUUCUCCAAAGAUAUCUUACAUUAAAUCUUGCUGUUCCAACUACUUUAUUUCACCCAAUAGCAUCAGCUAAUGGAUUGCCAAUUUAUUUUCCGAUUUAUUAAAUCAGAAGUCAGUUGCACCAGCUGUGUGUAAGCUUAGCAAACUUAACCUAUUUGUUUUGUAUAGAGUCAGUUUUACAGUCAGUACAGGCUCAUUGUGGAUACGUAACCCUGUCUGCAUUUCUGGAGAGCAGGAAUUAUGUAGCUAGAGGUACACAUGGUUGCAUUUUAUCUUGAAAACGAACGCUACGGGGCGGCUUCUGUUCUUUUC